AGUACAAAGGUCGAACAAACAAGUCUUCAUAACAGAAGGGAAGACUGCUGCAAUGGCGUGCACAAAGAGAGUGACCGGCUGUAUUUCGACCCGGUACUCGUUGGCCGUCCUUCUCAUGGGAUUCAUCAUUUACUUCUUCAGCCUGCGGUCAAACUUCAGUAUUAUCGUCGUUGCUAUGGUGAAAAAUUCUGCGAACAACGAAGUUAACAGCUCCAGUGAGAACGAGUGUUCUAAUGUAAACACGACCCAGGUUAUAAAGAAUUUUACACGCGAAAACAACACGGCUUUUGAACUGCACAACGAGACGAGAAAAUUGUGGCACGCAAACAGUACAGAUUAUAAAAGUCAGGGCAAGUUUUCCUGGGACCCCAUCACGCAAGGCCGCAUCAUCGGUGCCUACUCGUACGGCCACGUCUUCAGUCAGGUGAUGGGAGGGUUCCUGGAGGCCAGGUUUGGUGGGAAGAAAGUUCUCGGCCUGAGCAUCCUGCUCUCCUCCGUUCUGACUCUGCUCACACCCGCGGCUGCCUUCGCUGGAGAAUGGUGGCUUUUUGUAGUUCGAGUGGCGGUCGGAUUUGUGCAGGGUGUGACAUACCCGAGUAUCUUUGGCAUCUUGUCCCGAUGGGCCCCGCCUUCGGAGAGAGGUCGUCUUCUUACAAUUGUCACUACCGGUGAAACCUUGGGAGUCUUUGUGGGUUUUACAUUGACAGCACGUCUCAUCACACUGUUUGGCUGGGCUGUUACCCUGUACAUAACAGGUGGAGCUGGCCUGGUGUUUUGCUUUAUCUGGUGUCUCCUAGCGUUUGACUCGCCUUCUGUACACCCGACGAUAUCUGAAGUUGAAAGGAAAUAUAUCGAGUCAAAUUUGGAGACAACAACAAAGAGAAGAGAGAUCCCUUGGUUCAAAAUGCUCACAUCGCCACACUUAUGGGUACUGAUCUACAUCCACUGUACUGACGGUUGGGGAUUUUACAUGAUGCUAACCUGCCUGCCGUUGUACAUGGAUACAAUACUCAACUUUAACCUUGAUGCGAAUGGAGCUUUGUCCGCUAUGCCAUACCUGACUCUCAUGGCAUCAAGGAUACUGUCUAGUGUCAUCAUCGAUGCCAUCAUUAAACUAUCGAGGUUUAAGAAGGUCAACAUUAGAAAGACAUCCUUACUAGCUUUAGCUGGCGUUGGCGCAUGCCUUGUUGCUGUUGGUCACGUGAGAUGUGACUCCACAGCAGCCAUCGCCAUGUUGUGUCUGGCCACGGUCAUGCAAGGUGUGAUGGUUCCUGGGUUUUACCCGAGCUACACAGAACUCACACUCGGGUUCUCCGGAGUAGCGUUUGGACUCAGCAACGCAGUAGCAAACUGCGCAGGAUUCAUUGUGCCUCUGACGGUGGGAAUUAUUACAGACGAAAACCAAACACUAGCAGCCUGGCAGAAAGUCUUCUACAUCGGCGCCGCCAUUUCCGUUUCCGGUUCCGUCAUGGCUCUUCUGUUCCUCCGGACUGAUCCGGUUUCCUGGGCGCGAGACCCGGAUGAGGCACAGGUCCCGGAUGAAGCACAGGACCCGGAUGAAGAUAAACUGCUGCAGCCAACACGGGACAAGUUAAUACGUGUGUUUGAGGAUGGCGAGAAAGAAGGCUCUUGCCCAGACCUUGUUUACGAGACAACAGUGUGAAGUAAAACUGCAUUAAUUAAUAAUAUAUUGUUAUUAUGUAUUGUCAGCAAUACGUUUGCCACCAUAAUGGUGACCAACUUGCAUUUAGAUUUUCAUCAAAUAAGUAGACAUUUCCGACAUUCCAAUCUCACAAUGUAUGAUUUUAGGUGUCAAUUAAAAUAUCACACAACAAUACGCUGCAUAGGAGGGACAACUAGAAAUUUAAGUAGAUAAUCAAAAGGUGUAAAUAGGUACUUAAAGUAAAAUUAUAAAUUGGAGCUUGGUCGUGACUCCUAGUUUUCAAUUGUCUGAAAAUUGGCUAUAUUGGCCCUCCAUGUACCGCUUACCGCCCCUAAUGAUACAAUGUAUGAAAGAUGCAGAGUA